CUGGGCCUGCACCCCGCGCCGGGGCCCCGCGGCCGGGAGCUGAGGCUGGAGGCGGCGCUGGCCGCGCUGCGGGAGCAGCUGUCACGGUUGAGGAGACAGGAUGCUGGCCUGAAGACCCACUUGGACCAGCUGGACCAGCAGAUAAGUGAACUACAGCUGGAUGUGAGCAGGUCAUCCUGCGAGGUCCCGGACAGUGACAGCAGGCCCAGCUCAGGGUUCUAUGAGUUGAGUGAUGCAGGUUCCUGCUCCCUGUCCACCUCCUGUGCAUCUGUCUACAGUGACUGCCUCUCCCCUUCCCUGAGCAGCUGGUUGCCUGUGUUCCAGCCCUCUAAGUCCAGGCCCGGCAUGGGGGACUGGAGGCCCCGCUCUGCUGAUGAGACCACUGUGCCUGCAUGGAGCCCCCAGCCCAGUGGAGAGGGCAGUGGGCUCCUGCGUGGUACAGAGGACACAGGCCAACCUCGGGGCCUGUUCCGACCCAGACCAGUGUCUACAGGUGACCUUGAGAGAGUCCUCCCUGCUGACCUGGGACUCCAGAGAGCUGGUGCUGAUACUGCAUCCACUUCCUCCUUCUUCCACGGGAUUGAGGUCCCAGCCCAUGCACUGGACCCCAAGUACCAGUGUGACCUGGUGGCUAGGGGUGGCCAGGAGGUGUACCCAUACCCUAGUCCCCUACAUGCAGUGGCUCUGCAGAGCCCCCUCUUUGCUCUGCCUAAGGACGCCCCGAGUCUUGAUAGCCAGGCUGCUCUCCAGAAGCCUCCUCUGUCCCCUUCAGCUGAGAGCCGGACAGGGACUGGGCCCAUCUGUGAGCUGGGCUCAGCAGAAGCCUACAUUGACAGGCUGCUUCGUCUCCGUCUCCAAGGCCGAGGGACCCCCCUGAGGGGUGUGGUGGGGGAGCAGGGGCUCCUGGGAAGUAACAUGUCCCCUUUCCCACAGAAGUUCUGUGGCCAGAAGUCAGGUGGUGGAGGUCAGGUGGCCUGCGAGACUGUUCAGGAAGGCACAGUGCUGAACAGGGGCAAGGACAGCCUCAGGCAGCCAGGGCCUGCACCCCUUGUGGACACUGAGUCCCUCAGCGGCCCCCUGAAGGAGGAAAGCACACCUCGGAAUGCCUGUGUCCGUGGAGAGAACACUGGGAGCCCCUCUCCCUGCCCCCAGGCCCAGCAGCCUCACAGUGACCCUGGCCAAACAGAAGUCCUGUUGCCAUCCAGGCCGCUGGGUCCUAAGAGCCCCUCCCUGGCCCCAGAACCCUUUGCCCACCCACCGUGCACCAGUGGUGAAACCUUCCCAAUGAGGCUAAGGAUGGGCCCCCCCCAGAGCAGGGCCGUGAAGGUCAGGAGGAGAGUCAGCGACAAGCUACCGAGGCUGGGGAAGCGGAUGCCGCCUCGACCUGAGAGACAGCGGGACAUCCAGGCUGCUUCCCGGCCCCCGGAGUGGGAUUCCUCACCUGAGCCCCGCGGGGGAGGGCUCAACAGAAGGCCCACGCUGGCCAGGGAGCCUCCUGGACGCUCUUGCUCCGAAUCCACCCUCUACCCUGUGCCCUUUGUCCCCCUGGUGGUAGCCCGGCAGGAUGGUUAUGGGGCAUCUUCCCAAGCUCUGUUCCCAGGAGAGGCGGCCCCCGUCAACUCGGCAGCCGGGAGGAAGCAGCGCAGGUGGCGGUCCACUGUGGAGAUCUCCGCCAAGGCCCACUUAGUCGGCUGUCCUGGACCCGGCUUGCGGCCCCCCAGGUCCCCCACCAGGAGAGCUGGUGGUCCCUGGGUCCAGAGCAGGCCCACACUGGCCCGUCAGGACGCCUGUGUGAGGAGCGAGUCAGACCCCUCGGAGCACUCUGCAGAGAGCACCUCGCUCUUGCACUCCACCAUCGCAGAGACCAGCGAGGAGGAGGCCAGCGACCACACCGCCAACCGUUUUGGGGACGAGUCCAGUGGCAGUGACUCCGAAGUCUGUGUCCAGGGCAGAGGUGGUGGCCUGGCAAUGGGUGGUGCAGAGACCGGGCAGAGGGAGCCAGUCUGGCCUCGGGCAGUCCCCCAGCAGCACCCACAGCUCUCAGGAGGCACCAGACCACCCCUGCCCCCUGUGCCCAAACUAUGCCGCAUCAAGGCCUCCAAAGCCCUGAAGAAAAAGAUCCGCAGGUUCCAGCCAGCAGCCCUGAAGGUCAUGACCAUGGUGUGAGCCAGCGUUCCAGGACAAGCCUAGAAGCCCAACAGGCGCUGGGCCCUUCUGUCCGGUGUGAGGCGCAGGCUGGCUGUGGUGCCACCUGCCAGUUUUCUUAGAUUUCUAUGUCACACUGACUGUGAGGUGAUUGUCCCUCCAAUCCAGGUUCAUACAUUUCCAUUGCAUGAUCCUGGCCACAGCUUUGGUCCCCAUCACACUGUGGUGUGUGAUAAGAGGUCCUCUAAUAAGACACUACACUCCUCCCUGGGCAUCUAGACAGCAUCAUAUCAUACUGGGGAACCUGUAUUUGAAUCUGAACUCCAUGCCACAAUCUAACAUGAAUAAACACCUGCACUAAGGCUUUAUCUUUGCAAA